AAUGGCACAAAACAGCGUGUUCUUCGCCUGCUGAACUUUCAUUCCAGUAUUGGCCGCGGCGGUUAAAGCAUGGCUCUUGGCUAGAAAUGUUCGAGUGAAGUGAUUAGUUAAUUGUGGUUUAUAAAUGUGUUCGAACGAAUUUAGCAAUGUGGUCAAUAAAAUGUCAGCCAAGAAGGCCUCCAUUUAGUGUGUUAUUGAUCUUGUUUGGAUUAUUCAACUUCGGGAACUGUCAAGAAAUCAAAUGUGGGCAUCCUGCCAUUCCCUUGAACGCCAGGGUCUCCCUGAGCUCUCCCGGACUCGCUCCGGGAACCGUGGCCAAAUACCAGUGCGAUGAGGGAUAUGAGACGUUUGGUAACACGGAAACUUCGUGUUCGCCGGCUGGAAAAUGGAUCGGCGAGUUGCCGUUUUGUGGCACCAACAUCGCUUACCGCAAACCCGCCAACCAAUCAACCACCGUUCGCGGGGGCAGCGCCCUGAACGCCAACGACGGCGAAAAAAGCACCGAACACGACGGAAAACGCUGCUCCGAGACCCAGAAGGAGGCCAGCCCCUGGUGGCACGUCGACCUCCUCCAGCCCUACCCCGUGAAGGUGGUGCGGGUGACCACCAGGGGCUGCUGCGGCCACCAGCCCCUCCAGGACCUGGAGAUCCGGGUCGGAAACAGCAGCACUGACCUGCAGCGGAACCCUCUCUGCGCCUGGUUUCCGGGAACAAUAGACGAAGGCGUAACGAAGACAUUCACCUGUGCACGAGUUUUAACAGGACAAUACGUUUUCCUGCAGCUGGUGGGAGUCGAAGGGUCGUUGUCGCUCUGCGAAGUGGAGGUUUUCACAACGGACGAGUUUUCCGUGGAUCGCUGCGCCCCGAGGGGGGCCCCUGAAGACGUCCAGUUGGCGUCUUUUGCCCGCACUUGCUACGAGUUCGGGGUUAGCCGCGGAGGGUCGUUCCAGGAAGCGCGCAAUUACUGCAGGAGCCAUAACGGGGACCUGGUGCACGGCAUGAGUGCAGCUGCAACGACGUUUCUUUAUGCGGAACUCGAGAGGCGGAAGCCGAUGCUGAAGACACAACUGGUUUGGAUCGGUGCCCAAAAAGAGCCAGGAAUCACGUCGAGGGUCUGGAAAUGGGUUAAUGGCGACUUGGUCCAGCGUCCAGCGUGGGGAAAAGACCAACCAAACAAUUAUAACGGUGAACAAAACUGCGUAGUCCUCGACGGUGGACGCGGGUGGUUAUGGAAUGAUGUAGGUUGCAAUCUCGACUAUCUACCAUGGAUCUGUCAACACUCUCCAUCGUCAUGCGGCAGUCCCGACAAACAAAUUAACACCACCAUAAAAGGAAGCAAUUACAACGUCGGCUCGAGGAUCGAAUACCGGUGUCCAGAGGGGCACAUGUUGGUCGGUGAAGCGACCAGACUUUGCGGAAAGGAAGGUUUCUGGUCGGGGAAAGCGCCAACGUGCAAAUAUGUGAGCUGUGAGGCUUUGCCGGGCUUGGAGCACGGUUCGGUGGUGCUUAAGGACAAGAGGACGACAUAUGGGGCACAGGCUCUUUACACCUGUCACGAAAAUUACACUCUUAUAGGGCACGAAAUACGGACUUGUGGGUCUAAUGGGACUUGGACGAAUUCCACGCCUAAAUGUCUCUUCGACUGGUGUCCAGAUCCACCUAGUAUUAAUGGGGGGAUUGUUAAAACGUCGGGGCGAAGGGCUGGAGACACCGCGGUUUAUUCGUGCCAGUCUGGGUUUAUCUUGUUUGGGCAAGGGGUGCUUUCGUGCGAACUGGGGGGCCAGUGGUCGGGCAAAGCCCCCUCGUGCAAAUUCGUGGACUGUGGGGCCCCUCCAAAUAUCGACAAUGGCCGGUACGACCUGCUCAAUGGUACCACAACCGUCGAAAGUUUGGUCGAAUACAGCUGUGGCCAUGACUACUGGCUCGAAGGGCAAAAAGUGCAAAAAUGCACAAGGGAGGGCAAAUGGUCAGCGGACGCACCCUCAUGUGAACUGAUAACGUGCGAGGAACCCGACGUUCCUGCAGGAAGUUACGUGGUUGGGUACGAUUUUAACGUACAUUCCUCCAUUGAGUACCAUUGCGAGGUGGGACAUGUGUUGCGAGGGGAACCCAUCCAUACGUGUACCAAGGAAGGGGACUGGUCUGGUACCACUCCAACUUGUGAAUUCGUUGAUUGUGGUAAAGUACCGACCAUGCUGUACGGUACUGUUAAUUAUAUUAAUGAUACUACGUACCUUGACAGUCAAAUUGAGUAUUCGUGUGCUAAGAAUUACAGGCUUAAUGGGGUUUCAAGGAGGCGCUGUUUGGAAAACAAGCAGUGGAGCGAUACUCCACCAAAGUGUGAAGAAAUAAGAUGUCCUGAGCCAAUUUUGGCCGAACAUAGCAUACUUUCAGUGACUGGGAACGAUCGCAUGUACGGUCGUACUCUUAUCAGGACAGCUGAAUCCUCCUCAACUACUUACAAAAUCGGGGCCAUAGUCAAAUACAGGUGUGAAAGAGGCUACAAAGUUGUGGGCGAGCCUUUGAGCACUUGUGAAGAUACGGGUCAGUGGAGUGGCGAUGUUCCUCAAUGCGUCUUUGUGGAUUGUGGUAACCCGGAAAAUAUCCAAAACGGUAAAGUUACCUUAACCUCGAACGCAACGUACUAUGGAGCACUGGCCCUCUACUCCUGCGACAAAAACUUCGAACUGGAUGGAGUUUCACGCCGAUUGUGUCUUGAAAAUGGUACCUGGAGCUCCGACGCUCCAACAUGUCGCGGAAUCCAGUGCAAAGAACCCGACAGGUUUGACGGAAUGACGGUCAAAGUUAGUACUUACAGUGUUGGGGGAGUUGUUGCCUAUUCAUGUCCCCGUGGGCACACCAUGCAGGGGAAUGCAACUAGAGUGUGCUUGCUGAAGGGGGUUUGGAGCGGACGGGCGCCCACUUGCACCGCGGUCGAUUGUAAACACCCUGGUACUAUCGAAAAUGGGCGAGUGAUUGUGAUGAAUGGUACCACCUAUAAUGCGGCGAUUGAGUACCAUUGUGUCCCAAAUUUCGAAAGGGUGGGACCGUAUUUGCGAAAAUGUAUGGAGAAUGGGGAAUGGUCGGGUGAGGUACCACGAUGUGAGGAGAUUACCGGGGAACCACAGGAACCCUCGAGUCUGGGGACCAAUAUUGGAAUUGGGGCCGGAAUGGUCGUCUUUUUGCUAAUUCUCUUAUUAGUAAUUUAUCUUAAAUUGCGUAAGCCAAUCCCAGUGAAGAACACCGAGAACGUGGAAGGCGCCGAGCGCAAAGAAGACCGAAACGCCGCAGUCAUGAGCUACGCCACUCUGAGUGACCGAAACGGUCACUUGCCACCAAAUAUCUACGAAAACAUUCACGAUGAAAACAUGUACGAUGCCCCCUAUGAGGAGACAAGUCGCGACAGUGGCACUUACGAGCCCGAACCCAUUUCGUGGAAGAAUGGAAAUAUGGUUACCAUAAAUGGGGUUUCAGUAAGAUGAGAUGAAAAGAACUGAACCAAUUACUGCUACCAAAAUCAACCUAGAUGUUGCUUAUAGAGAUUCUAUUUUUUGUUUUUACUAAUUGAUUUGUAAUUUAAGUCGUGUUUGAAUGCAUUAUUCAGUUAUGCGGAAAUGUUGCGAUCGAGAGAUGGAAAUGUGAUUUAAAUUAAAAAUCAAUUGCCUUGUUGUAAAUUAUGUGUAUGAUAAGCUUUGUCGUAAUGACUGUGUGAGAGUGUUGUGGGGUCCACUUGUUGAUGUAAAUACUCAUUUUGUAAUAAAAUAGGUUUAUGUAUUGUAGAUAAUAUCACCAAUAAAAGAAAAUGACCUCAG